CGCAGGACGCUUUCACUACUCUCACUUCUUCUUCCGGUGUCUCAGAUCUUCGCAUUGGGGGUUUUCCGACUACAAUUCCGACGUCAAGGUUCACCGGCGUAUCUCUAUCUCUACAACAUCAUCAAUUAUCUAAACGGAUCGACCCCCAAUUCAAUUUCAUCGAGGUCACGCUCAGAUCCGUCCAACUCAAUGGCGGUUGCAGCCCGCGGCGGCCGCAGCGGCGGUCUCCGCAACUUCUUCUCAUACCGGAUCUUCAUCUCCGCCAUGUUCACUCUCCUCUUCCUCGCUACUCUUUCAGUAUUGUUUACCUCACACCCUCCUUCCGAUCACGAUUCUGUUAUACCCACAACUGGUAAUGCGUAUGUGCAGAGGACAUUUUUAGCAUUGCAGUCAGAUCCUUUGAAGACUAGGUUAGAUUUAAUUUACAAACAAGCAAACGAUCAUAUUGCCCUUGUGAAUGCAUACGGUGCCUAUGCAAGGAAGCUCAAGCUUGAGAUCUCAAGACAGCUUCGUAUGUUUGAAGACUUGGCUAAGAACUUCGUGGAUCUUCCUUUGAAGCAGAAUUAUCGCAAAUCGUUGUUGGAACCGGAAGGGCCUGUGGAUGAGGAUGUUUUGCGACAGUUUGAGAAAGAGGUGAAGGAUAAGAUGAAAACUGCUAGGUUGAUGAUUCUUGAAUCGAAAGAAUCUUAUGAUAAUCAGUUGAAGAUCCAGAAGCUUAAAGACACCAUAUUUUCUGUUAAUGAGUUAUUAGUUAAGGCAAAGAAGAACGGUGCUUUUGCUCACUUAAUUGCUUCCAAGUCGACCCCAAAAAGCUUACACUGUCUCUCUAUGAAACUCAUGGAAGAAAGAAUUGCACAACCAGAUAAGUACAAAGAUGAUAAACCGGCAGCUGAGUUUGAGGAUCCUACUUUAUACCAUUAUGCAAUAUUUUCCGAUAAUGUGAUUGCAGUUUCUGUGGUGGUGAAUUCAGUGAUUAAGAAUGCAGUUGAUCCAUCCAAACAUGUAUUCCAUGUUGUCACAGAUAGGAUGAUUCUUGCAGCAAUGAAAGUCUGGUUUAAGAGAAGGCCUGUCGAAAAGGGUGCACAUAUUGAGAUAAAAGCUGUUGAAAAUUUCCCAUUUUUGAACCCUAGUUAUGUACCAGUAUUACGACAGGUUGAACAUGCCAGCAAGGCAGAAAACUCCUCUAAGGAUGCAAAUACAAUGAAAUUUACGGGUCCAAAGUAUUUAUCAAUGUUGCAUCACCUCCGGUUUUACUUGCCACAGAUGUACCCAAAUCUUCCCCGCAUUCUGUUCUUGGAGGAUGAUGUCGUGGUUCAGAAGGAUUUAACAGCAUUGUGGAAGAUCGAUAUGGAUGGGAAGGUGAAUGGUGCUGUGGAGUCUUGUUUUGGGUCCUUUCAUCGAUACAAGCAGUAUUUGAAUUUCUCCCACCCUCUUAUUAGACAGAAGUUUAACCCGAGGGCUUGCGCAUGGGCUUUCGGGGUGAACAUGUUUGAUCUCGAUACUUGGAGGAGUGAAAAACUGACUGAACAAUAUCAUUAUUGGCAAAAUCAGAAUGAAGACCAGACUCUAUGGAAAUCAGAGACAUUGGCAGCAGGUCUGGUUACAUUCUACUCAACAACAAAAUCAUUGGACAAAUCAUGGCAUGUAAUGGGACUUGGGUAUAAUCCAAGUGUUAGCAUGGACGAGAUUACGAAUGCAGCUGUAAUCCACUACAAUGGGAACAUGAAACCGUGGCUAGACAUUGCUCUGAACCAGUACAAGAAUCUCUGGACCAAAUACGUUGACUAUGAAAUGGAAUUCGUGCAGAUGUGCAAUUUUGGUCUUUAGACCAAAAACCUUUGGGCGAAGCUCUGUGUUAGUUCUAUCACUAUUUGGCUCCUUUAAUCGGGUCUAUAUGCUGGUUGUAGACUGAGAUAUUCGCGUCGUAUGGAAGUGGGAUUUAUCUCUCUUUCUUUUUUGUUAUACCCUUCAUUCCACAAAAUUUGUAGAUUGUUUCAAACAUUUUUUUCCAUUGGUAAAGAAGUUUGUCUGAUGGUAGUUAUAAUCUUAAUUUUUUUAAAGACA